UCCCGGUGGGUCUGCCCGCCCCCCUCCACCUCUCUGCUCACCUCGGAGAAGGGGGGCGGGGGCGGGAGAGAGCCGGCCACCGGGGGUCUAACCCUGCUCGGCUCCGGACACCGUCUUCUUAUUGCCUGAAGACUCCACCUCCCGCCGAAGCCCCGGUCGGGGCAGGAAGAGGAGCGGGUGGGGGCGGCGCGGGCAGGGCGAGGUCCUUUGGGUUGCGAGUCCUCGGGUUAAGUUGCGGGUCCAAUUCCACACCUUCCCGGCCUCUUCCCGGCGUGGCUCCGCCCCUGGGGCAGUGGGGAGCCACUCACCCUCUGCCCAGCUGGGUCCGGGCCACGCAAACUUUUCCUUCCGAUUUGGACCGGCCCCUGGAGCAGGACGUCCGGCUCCAGACGUAUCCUUUCCUUGCCCUCACCACGCGUGCUUCCCGGGCGCUCGGACGCCCAAGUCCAGGGGUUGUCUCUCUUCCCGGCACGGCCUUGACGGGAGGAGGGAAGUUGACGGAGAAGGGGAGAGGGGCGUGAGCGGGAUUUGCGCCAAAGGCGGGGGGACCUUGAUCCUUGAUCACUGGCAGCGGUAGCUGGCUACGUAGUGGCGGCAGCAGCUGGAGCCGCUGGAUGUGCAGACUCUGGGCGGGCUGCCCCGCUUCCCCUGCCUCCUAGCUUAAACCCUUUAAUUUCCCUGUGCUGUGCUGCGCCGGGGCAGGGGAGAGCGGGAUUUGUCGGUCUGCAGGCUUUGCAUCUCUCCUUGGAAAAUGAAGUUAAGCCGCCAGUUCACCGUGUUCGGUAGCGCAAUCUUUUGCGUGGUGAUCUUCUCCCUGUACCUGAUGCUGGACCGAGGGCACUUCGACCACCCAAAGAACCUUCGCCGGGAGGGCGCCUUCCAGCAGGCCCAGCUCUCAAUAUUGCAAGAAAAAAUAGACCAUUUAGAACGUUUACUGGCAGAAAAUAAUGAAAUAAUUUCAAACAUUAGAGACUCUGUCAUCAAUUUGAGUGAAUCUGUUAAAGAUGAUCAGAAGAGUCCUCAAAAUAAUAAUAAUGUCAGUCAAGGAUCCAUCUCUAAUCUUAUGCCAUCUGUUUUAACAUCCUUCCUGAAAGAACCUGAAGACUGUUCAUUUGCUUCAGAAAGCGGAAAUCAGAAUUCAGACGUACAGAUGUUGAAUGUUUACAGCCUUCUUCCAUUUGACAAUCCAGAUGGAGGAGUUUGGAAACAAGGAUUUGACAUUACAUAUGAAAACAAUGAAUGGGACAGUGAAUCCCUUCAAGUAUUUGUUGUACCUCAUUCACAUAAUGACCCAGGUUGGCUGAAGACUUUCAAUGACUACUUUAGAGACCAAACCCAGCAUAUUCUUAAUAACAUGGUGGUAAAGCUGAAUGAAGACAGAAGGAGAAAAUUUAUGUGGUCUGAAAUCUCUUAUUUUUCAAAAUGGUGGGAUGGAAUAGAUAGUCAGAAGAAGGAUGCUGUUAAGAGUUUAAUAGCAAAUGGACAGCUCGAAAUUGGGACAGGUGGAUGGGUCAUGGCUGAUGAAGCAUCUGCACAUUAUUUUGCAUUAAUUGAUCAACUUAUUGAAGGACAUCAAUGGCUGGAAAGAAACGUAGGAGUGAAACCUAGAUCAGGCUGGGCUAUUGAUCCAUUUGGACAUUCACCAACAAUGACAUAUCUGCUGAAACGCACUGGAUUUUCCAACAUGCUUAUCCAGAGAAUUCAUUAUGCAAUUAAAAAACACUUUGCAGCCACAAAGUCACUAGAAUUUUAUUGGAGACAAAAUUGGGAUUUGGGAUCUAGUACAGAUAUAUUUUGCCAUAUGAUGCCAUUUUAUAGUUAUGAUAUCCCUCAUACUUGUGGGCCUGAUCCUAAAAUAUGUUGCCAGUUUGAUUUUAAACGACUUCCUGGAGGUAGAAUCAGCUGUCCCUGGAGAGUCCCUCCAGAAGCAAUACAUCAAGGAAAUGUCAAUCACAGGGCAUGGAUGUUGUUAGACCAAUACAGAAAGAAGUCAAAACUUUACCGUACUAAAGUACUCUUGGCUCCUCUAGGAGAUGAUUUCCGUUAUACUGAAAGCUCAGAAUGGGAUCAGCAGUACCAGAAUUAUCAGAGAAUUUUUGAUUAUUUGAAUUCUCAACCCGAAUUACAUGUUAAGAUUCAAUUUGGCACUAUAUCGGAUUAUUUUGAUGCCUUGCAUAAAGUAGCUACACAACACACAAAAAAUACUAAAUCAUUAUUUCCCGUUUUGAGUGGAGAUUUUUUCACCUAUGCUGAUAGAGAUGAUCAUUAUUGGAGUGGAUAUUUUACGUCAAGACCCUUCUAUAAACGAAUGGAUAGAAUAAUGGAGUCCUACUUAAGGACUGCCGAGAUUCUUUACUCUUUUGCACGAUUACAAGCUCAGAAAUUUAAGAAGACAAGUUUGUUCCCUUCAGCAUCAUAUUACCAGUUAUUAACAGAAGCUAGAAGGAAUCUUGGCCUUUUCCAACAUCAUGAUGCCAUUACAGGAACUGCUAAAGAUUGGGUGGUUGUGGAUUAUGGCACGAGACUUUUCCAUUCUUUAAUGAGCUUGAAGACAAUAAUCAGAGAUUCUGCUCACAUCCUCAUUCUGAAGGACAAAGAUGCCUACAGCUUUAACCCAUCCAUCCCCUUCUUACAAAUGGAGAGUGAGCAACAAUCACAAGAUAGUCUGCCUCAAAAAACUGUUAUAAAGCUGAGUAUGCAGCCACGGUACCUUGUGAUCUACAAUCCUUUUGAACAAGAGCGUCACUCUGUAGUUUCAGUCUAUGUGAGUUCAUCAAAAGUUAAAGUACUCACAGAUUCAGGAAAACCUGUCUUAACUCAAAUUAGUGCUGUUUGGGAGGGACCCAAUACAAUUUCAAAUGAAGCAUAUCAGAUUUCCUUUGUAGCCCAUCUAUUGCCAUUAAGUUUGAAAAUAUACCAGCUUUUGGAAUCAGAGAGCUCAGAGUCACACAUGGCUGCUUAUGCAGUCUAUAAUAUGGAAGCAAGUUCUGGAACAAUUUUCAAGAUAAAAGAAAUGAAAUUCAAUACAGAUGACAUAGCUAUAGAGAACUCAUGUAUGAAACUUGACUUUAGUGGAUCUGGAUUAAUGGAGAAAAUUACUAAUAAAGAAGAUGGUAAAGUCCAUGAAGUCAAAUUGGAGUUUGCUUGGUAUGGAACCAGGAAUGGUAGAGACAAGAGUGGUGCUUAUCUUUUCUUACCUGAUGGAGAAGCCAAGCCCUACAUUUCUGCUGAUCCACCUUUUAUCAGAGUGACACAUGGAAGGAUUUAUUCAGAAGUUACAUGUCUCUUUCCUAAUUUGAAACACAACGUGCGACUUUAUAAUGUUCAGGGAAUAGAAGGUCAGUCUGUGGAAGUUUCUAAUAUUUUGGACAUCAGAGGAGAAUAUAAUCGUGAGAUUGCAAUGAGAAUUUCUUCUGACUUAAACAGUCAAAACAGAUUUUAUACUGACUUAAAUGGAUAUCAGAUUCAGCCUAGAGUGACAAUGAGCAAAUUACCCCUUCAAGCAAAUUUCUACCCAAUGACAACAAUGUCUUACAUCCAAGAUGAUGGGUUUCGUUUGACACUUCUUGCUGCCCAAUCUUUAGGUGUUGCAAGUUUAAAAAAUGGGCAGAUUGAAGUUGUCAUGGAUCGUCGACUCAUGCAAGAUGAUUAUCGUGGCCUUGGACAAGGUGUACAAGAUAACAAGAUUACAGCUAAUUUAUUUCGAAUUCUAUUAGAAAAAAGAAAUGGAAUUAACACGAAAGAAGAAAAGAAGUCAGUCAGUUUUCCUUCUCUUCUUAGCCACUUAACAUCAUCUUUCUUAAACCAUCCAGUCAUCACAAUGACUACAAAUCCAGACAUCAAUAUUCCUCACCUCCUGAAUGGAUUUUCUCCACUUGUAUCAUCCAUGCCUUGUGACAUUCAUUUAGUUAAUCUAAGGACAAUACAAUCUAAGGAAGACAGUGGACCAUCAGAUGAGGCUGCCUUAAUACUUCAUAGAAAGGGAUUUGAUUGUAGAUUGUCUAAUAGAAGUGAACAGCUUUGCUCACUUACUCAGGGAAAGAUAUUGGUACACAAACUGUUUAACGAAUUUACUGUUCGAAGUCUUAUACCAUCAUCAUUAACUUUGAUGCAUUCACCUCCGGAUGCCAGAAAUAUAAGUGAUAUCAACAUGAAUCCCAUGGAAAUCAGUACAUUCCGAAUCCAUUUGAGAUGAACCUGGCUUUCAGUUUUGGAUUGUGAAGAAGAAAUAGCUUUUGUAUCUUUUUGAUUUGACGUGCAAUAAAGAAGCACAUUGUUAUUCCAGCUUCUGGAUACUGUGAGAACAUGAAUUCUGUGAUUUUCUUUUCACUAAGAUUUUUUUUUUUCCACAAAAGCCAUUUUUUAAAACAAUUUUUUAGUUCUUUAUCAUGAAACACCACUGUCAGUAUAAAUUAAUGCAACAAAAGAAGAAAUAUCUAAGGACAGUAACCUAUCAACAACAGAUUUAGUCUCAGGUUAAAUGCUAAUUAUGUCUUUGUUGGGGUUGUGAGAUGGUUGUUAAAAGUAUUUGCUGAUCCUUGAUCAAUUUAUAUGAAAAUUGCAAUGGUUAAUAUUUCAUUUCAGUAUUUAAAUGAAAUGAGAUAAAAAGCUGUUGGGUAAUAGCUAAUGGCCAAAUAGUUGCAAUAAUGCAUACAGAUUACAAAUUUUUUUAUUCUUAUUUUGUACUAUGGAGAGGUGAAUUCUGUGGUGAAGUGCAAUCCAGGAGCCUUUGUGAUAUGAAUGAUUAACUUUCAUACCUUCCUCUAAUUUACUUCUUGUUUUGUAUCCUACCUUAUCCAUUCUUCCCUUACCAUCACCCCAGGUUGCCAAUAUGUAGUUAAAAAAAAAAAAGGACAUUUUUAUUACUUGACAAAG